CCAACGCAGCGUUUCCAAGAUGGUGCUGGAAAGUACUAUGGUCUGUGUGGACAACAGUGAGUAUAUGCGAAAUGGAGACUUCCUACCCACCAGACUACAGGCCCAACAGGAUGCUGUCAACAUUGUGUGCCAUACCAAGACCCGAAGCAAUCCGGAGAACAAUGUGGGCCUCAUCACACUUGCUAAUAACUGUGAAGUGUUGACAACUCUGACCCCUGAUGCGGGAAGGAUUCUGUCCAAACUGCAUGCCGUCCAGCCACUUGGCAACAUCAAUUUCUCUACUGGCAUCAGAGUGGCCCAUCUGGCUCUGAAACACAGACAGGGUAAAAACCACAAGAUGAGGAUCAUCGCCUUUGUGGGAAGCCCCGUGGAGGACACUGAGAAAGACCUGGUGAAGAUGGCCAAGCGUCUGAAAAAGGAAAAAGUCAGUGUGGACAUCAUAAACUUUGGAGAAGAGGAGGUGAACACAGAGAAGCUGACUGCCUUUAUAAACACACUGAACGGCAAAGAGGGCACCGGUUCUCACCUGGUGACUGUGCCCCCGGGCCCGAGCCUGGCAGACGCUCUGCUCUCCUCACCUAUCCUGGCUGGUGAGGGUGGCACCAUGAUGGGACUGGGCACCAGCGACUUUGAGUUUGGGGUGGACCCAAGUGCUGACCCCGAGCUGGCCCUGGCUUUGAGGGUGUCUAUGGAAGAGCAAAGAGCGCGUCAGGAGGAUGAGGCACGCAGGGCAACAGUGACCUCAGGGGAGGCAGGGGUGCCCUCCCCUACUGCUGAAGAGUCGGACAGUGCCCUGUUGAAGGUGUCCGUGCCCGUCCCCGACGCGGUCACCCCUGCCUUGCCGGACUUCAGCCGGAUGACCGAGGACGAGCAGAUCGCCUACGCCCUGCAGAUGUCCAUGCAGGGGGCAGGAGGAGAGUUCGGUGGUGCCGAGGCUAUGGAUGUAGACGCAGGAGCUGCCAUGGACACCACUGAAGGAGCUAAGGAUGAAGAGGACUAUGAUGUGAUGCAGGACCCAGAGUUCUUGCAGAGUGUCCUUGAGAAUCUUCCGGGUGUUGACCCCAACAAUGAGGCCAUCCGCAAUGCCAUGGGCUCCUUGGCCUCCCAGACUGGACCCAAACCUGAUAACAAAAAAGAGGAGAAGAAAAAAUAGGCGCUCAGGAAACUGAUUAUAGACACAACAUGAGUUGGCAAUGAACAUUCUGUGUGUGUGUGUAUGUGUGUAUGAGAGUGAGUGGGAAUGAGAGUGAUACAUUGUUUGGGGGCUUUCCAGGCAUUCUACAGGUCUAUGUACUGUAUGUCAUAACACAGAUAUCAAUUUUUUUUGUCUGCUAAAACCUUUGUUGUAUACUGCGUACUGUUAUAGAUUAAAAAGUCAAGUACCUGUUGCA